UUUUUUUUCGGUCAAAUUUAGAAUGCAUUUUCAUGUUCUACAUAUAUUGAUUGUGUAUGUAUGUAUGUAUCCAAUUGAAUUUUAUCAGCUUUUUAUUUAUGAUUUAUGUAUAAUGAUGAUGAUGAUAAGUACAAAGUACAAGAAAUCUGUCUUAAGAUUAUCACAUCGUUAUUAUUUUGGAUGAUGAUGAUGAUGAUGAUCUAGGGCGUCUAAUUCCACUGAUUGAUUGAUUAAAUGAAUUAAAUUUGGUUUGAAAAUCACCAUCAUCAUCAUUAUUAUUAUGGAUUCUAUUAUCGAUGAACAAUCACCAUCGAUGUUGAAUAGAGAUAAACGAUUAUUGGAAAUUUGCAAUCAACUUUCCAUUGGAUUUCAUGUGACUAUCGAUGAUAUCGAAAUUUUGAGAUUCGAUCAAGGACGUGUUAGUGAAAUUUAUAGAAUUGUUUUUAAAAAUGGCAAACAACCAAUCGUGAAUGAUGGAAGUAAUCAAAUACCGAUUCAACAAUUGGUUAUCAAACUUUUUCGUCCUGAUCCACCAUACAAUCCAUAUGAAUCGAAAUUGAAUUCAUUAAUCACCGGUUUUGAACGUUUAGGACCACGAAUAUAUUUGACUGGUGAUGAUUAUAUUGUCAUGGAAUAUAUCGAUGCCAAAGCAUUUAGCCGACAAAAUGAUAUGGAUGAAAAAUUCGUUCAAUUAUUAGCCUCAAGAUUGGCACGAUUUCAUUCGUUACAAGUACCGAUAACGAAAAAUUCCUAUAAAGAACGAUAUCGUUAUGUAUUUGAAGGAUGGGCUGAUGAAAAAUUUUGGCAAAAAAUAUACGAUGAAUCAUCAAUUGGAAUGAAUGCAUUGCGAAAGAAUAAAUGCCACACGAUAAUAGACUAUAAUGUUCGAAUGGAAUGUAAAUUUCUACGCGAACAAAUUGAAUCAAUUGAUCCUGUCAUUGUAUUCUGUCAUCAGGAUCUUAACCAUAGUAAUAUAUUCAUCAUCAACGACAAACAACAAAUGGAUAUAAAAUUUAUUGAUUUCGAUUAUUCUGGUUAUAAUCUUCGUGGCAUGGAUAUUGGACGUUAUUUUGCUGAUUGUGAAAAAUUUGAACAAUAUUCUGAUGAAGGUAUUAUUGGUGAUGAGAAAAUGUUACGUUUCAUACAUUAUUAUUUGGAUGAAAAUUGUCAUAUUUAUGGCCAAAAUUAUCGUCAUGAUCCACGAAAUUCUUCGAAUACAUUGCUCAGAGAAGGAAAAUUAUUUGUAUUGUUUGCACAAAUGAUUGACAUUUUAUUUUGUUUAUGGGAAACAAUAACGGAACCAAAACAUCGAGAUGAAUAUUGUGUAUGUUUUAUGGACAUUUUUUUAUUAUUAUUAUUAUCCUCUAAUUUCAUUCAUUUUUUAUUUAGAUCUGGGCUGAAAGCCGAUACAAAGAAUAUAGACAAUUUAAAGCACGCAUUGCAAACGAAAACAUUUUUCAAUGAUGAUAAUAUCGUAUAAUGAAUG